AUGGCUUGUACCUCCCACCCAGCCGUUGCUCUCCCUCCCAUCCCCCAUAUCCUCUCCCUCACUCCCCACCGUCACCACUCCCUCCCACUCUGCCACCGCCUCUUCCUCCCACCUUCGUCCCACCCCGCCAUCUCCUCUCCCUUACCUCCCCGCCGUCGCCCUCUCCCUCCUCCCCGCCGUCGCCUCUCCCUCCUCCCCGCCGUCGCCUCUCCCUCCUCCCCGCCGUCGCCCUCUCCCUCCUCCCCGCCGUCGCCCGCUCCCUCCUCCCCGCCGUCGCCCUCUCCCUCCUCCCCGCCGUCGCCCUCUCCCUCCUCCCCGCCGUCGCCUCUCCCUCCUCCCCGCCGUCGCCUCUCCCUCCUCCCCGCCGUCGCCCUCUCCCUCCUCCCCGCCGUCGCCUCUCCCUCCUCCCCGCCGUCGCCUCUCCCUCCUCCCCGCCGUCGCCUCUCCCUCCUCCCCGCCGUCGCCUCUCCCUCCUCCCCGCCGUCGCCUCUCCCUCCUCCCCGCCGUGGUGGCCGGACCGCAAGCGCGGAUUGGUGCGCAAGCGCGGGUCGUUUUCUGAGGCACCGUGGUUAUCAGGUGCGUUCCCGGUCCUUUCAUCCUCCCUCCCCCCUCUGA